GCAGUGAUGAAAGGAAAAUUCACUUCUAUAGACUGAAACUUGUAAUGAAUUAGUGAAUAUUAUCAAACGAAAACUAAAUACAUUUUCUCAAGUCAAAAAUCAUCAAAAUGUCAUCACCACCACCUACUAAGCCACCUCGAGGAGUGAAACAGGGGAAGGAAACGAGUGGGUUGCUCAUGUCGGUGAUUCGUACUUUAUCAGCGAGUGAGACAAAUGAACAAAGAGAAAAAGAGAGAGCAAAAUUAGAAAAAGAAUAUAAGAAGAGUGAUGCUAGGCUUGAUGAGUUAGUUGCAGCUCAUGCUCAAGAAAUUACUGAUGUUAUGCAAAAAUUUAGUGCAGUAUGUUCCGCUCUUGGUGCUUGGGGUCAGCACUGUUCUGCAGCUGAAGCUAGAUUGGGUGCAUGUAGAGCAUUGCUGCGUGUCAGAAGGGAUGAUUUGCGACGUCUCUGGGCUGAUGCUAGAACACACCAUCAUGCCUUAAGAAUGCUUACAGAUAUAGAGCGUGUGGUGGUUUCGGAGCGGAGUGCGCGCGAGCUGGCGAGUGCGGGGCGCGUGCUGGGGGCGGCGCAGGCUCUGCGCGGGGCGCUGCUCACCGCCAGUACGGAGCUGCCUCGCGUACACGCGCUCAGCGCUACCACCGCGCAGCUGCAGGCUAAGAAGAAAGAGUUGGUUGACAUAAUAGUGCGUCGGAUUAGCGCGGCCGUGUACCGCGGGGAGCGCGCCCCGCUGGGGCGGGCGCUGUCGGCGCGGCGGCGGACGGCCUUGCUGCUUGCUGAAUUAACAAAGAGCGAAGAGGUGACAGAUGCGUAUCUGCAAGACAUAACACCGGAGUACGAAGCGUCUCUCACAGAAGAGGAUAAAACGUUUGAAACUACUGUCAUGAUAUCACUCGAAGCUCUGGGUGUGUUGGAGCAGUUGAAAGAAGCAACCGAGAAAUUCAAAGUGCAAAUUCAGAACGAAUUACUGGAAGUUAUCGACUCAGUGUCGCGACGUAUCAUUGAUGAAGUCGAGAUUGAAGCCGAUGCAGAUGGAGAAGAAGAUCUAGAGAUAACAGAAGUGGAAGGUGUGACGGAGACGGGUAGACCGUUGGCGAGACUGGUCACCUGUUUAGCAGAAGAAUUUAAAGCUUGUGGAACUAGAAAUAAACGCUUAUUACAGCUUUGGCGAGCAGCACUGCAGCGACAUUCGCUGAGUGAGCGCGGGCUGCACUCCGAGCACCACUACUGGAGUGCGGUGCAACAAGUCAUGCAACUUCUUCUCACGGAAUACUUAGAAAUAGAGAGUGUUAACUUAGCGGCGCAGCGGUCAAGCGCGAAUACAGCCGACAGCAGCGCGCCCGAAUUACGUCUCUCCGAUUACUUUUCCAAGAAACGACCGCAGCGUCGACGCGAUAAAUUGUUUAAACUUACAGUGGCUAUACCCCCGGCCGCGGGAGUGGUGUCGCGUCGGCAGCGCUACCCGCUGGUGUGUCGGCCGGACCCCGCGCUCCUGCACGCCGCGCUGCCAGCGCUGCAUGCGCUCUGCGCUCAUCUUGAGCGGCCUGGAGGCGGCGAGUGCUCUCUUCGCGCAUUCAUCUCGGACUACGUGCGCUGGGGCGAGAGCGAGCGGCUCGCACGCAGCGCGCGCGCGCAGAUCGACGCGGCCAUGCGCGCGCCCGCCGCCUGGCGCGAGCGAGCGCUGCCGCCCGACCACACCGUCGGUCAGCGGCCGGUGUUCGCGUGCUGUAUCGAGGCGUGGAGCGCGGUGCGGGAGAGCGCGCUGGCGGCGCGGCGCUGCGGCUCGUGCGGCGGGGCGGCGGCCCUGCGCGCGUGCGAGGUGGCGCUGUCGGCGCUGGCGGUGCUCGCGCGCGCCGCGCACGCCCGGCUGGCGCCCGCGCCGCCCGCCCGCGCCGCGCGCUGGUUGGCCGACGACGACAUCGUGCGCUUCCUGCAAGCCUUGCCCAACUACCGCGCCGCAGUCGAGCACGGCGACUACACCGCGCAGGAACUAAAGCAAGCGUACGAAAGAGAAGCGGAGAUCCUAGGAACGAGCUUAGGAGACGGCGAGGUCUCCAACCGCGAGAUAGUCGCAGACAUCAACACACUCGUUGAUCUAGCUCUACUUUGCGAAAGUAUGGAGUGGCUGAGCACUAACAUCAAGACCAUCCCGAGCUUAGUGAGCGCGUCGAACGCGGCGGGCCCGGGGCUCAAGUUGUCGGAGAAGUUCCAGAGCGACAUGGCCGCCACGGCCGCCGUGUUCGACGAGAUCGCACACAAGUGCUUAGUGUUCCUGCACUUGGAGAUGCGCAUCGAGUGCUUCCACUACCUGGGGCAAGAAGAGAAAGCCGAAGGGCCGGAAGGCGAGGAGCAGGCGGGCGGCGCCACGAGACUCGCGCAUCGCUUGCUCGCCUUCCACGAACACGCAGUCGCUCUCCUCGCACCCUCCGCACUCGCGUACAUAAUGAGCGGCGUGGGCGAGAUGAUGUCGGCGGCGGUGGUGUGGCGCUGGCAGAGCGAGCGCGGCGCGGGCGCGGGCGCGGCGGGCGCGCGGCUGGCGACGCUGCGCCACUGCCUCGCCGCGCUGGCGCUGCCGCACGACGGGCUGCACGCCGCGCACGCCUACCUGCACCUGCUGGCCUGCACGCCGGAGGAAAUCAUAACAUCGGUCCGCGAGAAAGGUCCGCAGUUCUCCGAGCUGGAAUACCUGAACGCGUUCAAGGUGAUCGGGGCGCGUCGCGGGCUGUCGGACGCCGAGAUGCGCGCGCAGCUGCGCCAGCUGUCGGCCGCGCUCGGGCACGUCGGCGUCACCGUGUGACCGACGGCCUACGGACCUAUACGAUUUAUUUUAAAUAAACUCGAUGCUCUCAGAUUUAGCGACAUCACUACACCAUGUCAAUGUAGACUAUACAACUGGGUAUUUUUCUGAACACGAUGAUCCUUAUAUGUAUGUACGCGGAGCGACAUGAUUGUUUUAUUUAUAAGAAUAGUAAUUAUUAAUUUUGUAUUGGCACAUUCAGUAGGAAUAUUUGUUAUAGCAAUGAUGUAUUUUUUUUUUUUAAGUUCAAUAAACAUUAUUAUAUUUAUAAUAUAAUU